UGUCGUCAUUUCACCAUAGAGCUUCAACAGAAGCAGCCUCAAAUGCUAUGCAGCAACGGCCCCAUACCAAAUUAAAAGUACAGGGCGAAUCGGUUUAAAUUUAUCCAUGGGAAUUAACACACUUAAUUCUUGAUAAACGGCCCAGCCAUUGGCCGACUUGAUUGAAAUCUCCACAAUGUCUUCAGCAGCACCGCCUACAAUCCUCACACUCAAACAGGAGUUGAUAGCGGAGCAGGUGCGGUUACUAUCUCAACCGUUGGCCCCAUCACGCGCCUGGCGUGCGGGAAACAAUGCAUCCGCUCAGGCGGCAGGCGAUAACGGCGGAAGCGCCGCGGGAGCCACGAUCCCCGAGAGGGCCGUGGAGGCCGCCAUGGUGCGUGUCAACCACCGGCUGCACCAGCAUGUGAACCGCGUUUACGCGUCUGCCGCCACGCGACAUGUGGCCGAGCAGCUGGAACAGCUCUAUCUGAUUGAGCGAGAGCGGGCGACAGAGCUUCACCCUGAAGGAAAUGAGCUGCAGGCCAUGGGAAUAUCGAGCAGCACGGAUUUUGCUGAUGCAAAAACAAUAUCGGCACUUCCUGAAAAUUGGCCCUUGGAAAAGGAUGCAGAAACGUAUCCCGUGGAGGUCAAGCGAUUCGCUGAAUUGGCUGAAAGUUUAAAGGAGCUGUCUGUCGAGCGCGAAGCUCUGUUGUUGCGUGUGCGGCGAUUGCGUGCCUUGCGCGACGGCCUGGCGCCUUUUCAAGCCAGCACCGAUGAUACAGUUGAUGAUAACGCUGCAGCUGCUCAUGUCCAAAGGCACCUGGUUACCAAAAAUGGCGAACUGGAGCAGGAACUGGAGCGUACUAGAAUCCUGAUGGCCCGCGUAGGGGGUCGCGUGGCACGGCUCAUACAGAAAGAGUCUCAGAAUAAGGCUUCGACAGUUGGAUCAAACGAUGAAGAUAGUCUCUUCGAGGACCGCGAAGACAGCGUACCAGUCGCAUUGGAGGAAGACGCGAGGAGGAAGGUUAACGACUUGCUGGAUCGGUUCUGAUUCUGGACACCAGUGCCUUCGUUGAGAGUGUCCCCACUUCCAUGACACGUUAUUGAUAGAAUUGCAGUAUAACGCUGCUAUUCAAAGUCGCAGCAGAGCUGCCAAUGAUACCCCCUUUCUUUUCGCAUCCAAUAUCCUUGAUUACAGCUCACGCGUUAUUGUUCGUUCAACCAAUAUACCCACCCUUCUUCUCUGUGUUCAAACUGCCGACGUCACUGCUCAAGAAUGCCAGCGCAAUCCUGGU